GCAUUGCGCAGGCCCGGUGACCCGCAGCAGAAUAAACCCGUUUAGCGCUGAUAAAAUGGCCACCACGGAUGCUGCUGGAACCCUCAGUCUCAUGGAGGCGAAGAAGAACUGAGAUUCUUAGCCAUCUGCGUCCAGGAAAGCGACUUUGGAGGCCCCGAAGGACGCCGGAUCCUCGACGGCGGGAGUUUGUGUUGUGAACUCUUCAACUUAGCUGCGUGUUGACUGGCCGGUUAGUUAGCAGCUCGGUUUAGCUUCAGCUAAAGGCUGCUGCUAGCCCGCCUGCUUAGUUACUUUAGAGAGUUUGAGGGGGGGUAACAGAACCACCCGAGGGCAAAAGCGGUCAUCCCUCCAAUGGCCGACCCCAGAAAAGUCCCUUUCGUGACUCUCGCUUCAUACAGCGCGGCUCCUGAAUCCAAGAAACGACGAAGGGAGGAGGAGAGCGAGGUCAGCCCUCACCAUCCUCAUCAUCAUCACCACCUCCCGAGGGAUGGAGGGGCUGGGGCCGGGGCUGCUGGGUUAUUCGGGGCUGGAAAAGCCCCAGGCGGCAGCGGCAGCGGAGGUGGUGGCAGUGCCUCGGGAGAACCGGAGCCCACAGUGCGGCUGAGUCUCUCUCUGUCUGAGCCGAGCGACCACGGAUCUGCAGAGUUCAGCUACAGCGAGCUGGUCCAGCAGGCCAGGAAAGUUCCUCAAGGGCUCCCCCCACCCCUCGACCCAAAUGAUCCAUUUGCAGACGAAGACCGAGAGAGACGAGAGGUUGAAGCUCUGGCCAAGAAAUUUGAGAGUAAAUAUGGGAACGCAGGGAGAAAGAAGAAGAAGGACCGCAUGCAGGACCUCAUUGACAUUGGUUAUGGCUAUGACGAGACCGAUCCAUUCAUUGACAACUCUGAGGCUUAUGAUGAGCUUGUGCCUGCAUCCCUCACCACUAAACUAGGAGGCUUUUACAUCAACACGGGUACUCUGCAGUUUAGAGCUGCGUCAGAGUCUGAGGAUGAGGAGGGCGGCAAGGACGGCAACCACUUCAAGAAGCUGAAGGAUGGUGAAGAGCGAGUGAUUAAAAAAAGAAAGAAGAAAGACGGCUCAUUAGAGGAGAAGAAACCCAGAAAGAAUCGAGUACCAAAGCCAGGGGUGUCUGCGCUGAACCGGCCUGAGAAGAAGAAGAGGAAGAAGCUGAUGAAGGAUUCACUCUCACUGGCGGCCAUGAUCCGCCGCUUCACCCGUGAGAAAGAGGAGAUGAGGAAGAAGAACCCUGUAGUUUCUGGCCCCCUUAAGGUCCCACGUGGACCCACGAAUGCCAACAGAGCCAUGCUCAACUCCAACUCGGUGCCCCCGGGCAACGACCUCUCUAUGGCUGACCUCACCAACGACCCUGUGAUGUCGCUACUGGGUUCAGCCAAUGACAAUGAGAUGCUGCAGGACCUGAUGGGUGAUCUGGACUUUGCGCUGCUGGACCCUACGGAGCCCUCCAGUCCAGGGCAAGGAGAGAACGGCAGUGCUGGAGCCCAGAGAGGAGGCAUCCCUGGCCGGGUGCAGAGGACGGGUCUCAUGCCCCCUCCUCCACUGCCGGAUGGUCUGCCUGCCCCCCUCAUCAAACGCAUAGAGGACUUGCGAGCGGCGUCUCGGCAGUUUGACAUGGAGGGAAGGAAGAAGUUCUUUACGCUGGACAUGAACAACAUCCUCUUGGAUAUUGAGCUGCAGGUUCAGGAGCAGCCGGCUGAAGUGCGCUCUGCUGUGUAUUCCCACCUUGAGGCCUUCGUUCCUUGUAAUAAAGAGGCUCUGCUGAAGCGGCUGAAGAAGCUCAGUCUGAACGUGCAGGACGACAGGCUGAAGAAGCCGCUGCUCAAACUCAAACUGGCCGUCUGCAGCGCCAUGCCUGAGCAGAUCGCUCGCUACAACAUGGACUGCAUGGCUAAAGUGGCCAAGCAGAUGUCGGAGGACGGGGAGAGGAAUGGUUCAGAGGAUGAAGAUGAGGAGAAGCCAGGAAAACGGGUAAUGGGACCACGGAAGAAGUUUGUGUGGGAUGACAAACUCAGGGCCCUGCUGUGUAAUCUGGUCCGAGUGAAACUGGGCUGUUAUGAAGCUGAGGGCCAAAAUUCUCCCUCUCCUGAAGACUACCUCAAAGCCUUUAUGGAGACUGAGGUGAAACCCCUCUGGCCUAAAGGCUGGAUGCAGGCCAGGAUGCUGAUUAAAGAGAGCCGCAUGGCCCACGGACACCUCACAGGAAACACGGUGAAGAAAAAGAUGGUCCCCACUCCAAAAGUGAAACCAAAACCUCAGGAUGGUGGCUGGGUCCAGCAGCCAACUGCGUCCAUGGAGACAGGCGUGCAGCAGCCUGGCCUGCUGCCCAAGCCGCCAUCCCCAUCCGAGCCCAUCUGCCUUUCGGACUCUCUGGAUGAGGAUUUGGGCGGAGCUCCGUCUCUGGACUCCAUCUCACAGGCGCUGGCUCUACUCAGCAGUGCUGCUAAGGGGCUAAUUCAGUCUGACAGCCCGGCGUCCCCCGAGGGCCCCAAACCCUCCAGCCCCACGGCUCCCCAUACCUCCACUACUCCACUCCCCAAAAAGACCAGCACCACUACUGCCCCAUCUGUGCCCGCUGCCGCCGUGCCGCUGGCCACAAGUAGCCCUCACUUCGUCUCUUCUCCGUCUCCCUCCAUCUCUCGUCCUCCCUCUGUGUCCAUCUCUUCUUCCCCUGCUGUUAGGAGUGAGGGAUUGGCAGGGGUGAAGAUCGGAGUGGGCGGUGUGUCUCAGGCGCAAAGACAUUCCGUAAUGACGGCCCAGCGCCCUGUCGUUGCUGUUAGCAACAAGCUGAGCAUGCCUGGUACGCCGUCUCCGCCGAAACCGAGGCCGCCGCCCACUGCCUCGCCGCUACUCCCUCCUCACAAAAGCUUCAGUUCACCCGUGGGAAAAUUGCCCAUGGCCACGUCUCCGAGCCAACACAAGUCCAGCAAUAAUAACGGCAGUAGAAUAGGUGACAUAAGCUUAUCAUCUCGGCCACCUGUGCUCCCUACUUCUUCUACAACGCCGUCUUCUUCCGCUUCUUCCUCAUCCUCUUCCACGCUCCUCGCUGCCAAAACGCCACAGGCCUUACAUUUACCACAGUCCAAAAAUGCCCCACACGAGUCCCCACGCCCAGUGCCCUCUCCCUCCCCCUCUCAGCCAAAACCGCAGCAUCAGCAGUCCAACUUUAUCACCCCAAUGCAUGCCACACUCACCAAAUCCCCCCACAGCUCCAACUCCCCCAUCCUCAAACUCACCCCUCGGGUAUCGACCCCCAGCGUGGCUACCAGCUCUCCUUCCCCCUCCCCCACCCUCAGACCGCCUACAUUACCCAGCGUGCACCAGUACUCCUCUAAAAGCCCAGGGUUUCACGCGGGGUUCUCAGGUGUCAGGGCCAGUUAUAGCGCCCCUGUAGGGCAGCAGAAGAAUUCCUCUCAGGUGAACAGCGGCAACCUCACAAGCACUCCUUCCUCCAUCACGAAGCCUCCAACCAGCGCGUCGCCCAUAGCUGGCUCGGCCAAUCACGGACAGCGGCAAAGGCCGGCAGGCAUGGCUAAUCAGGGGACUAAGACGAUGGCAUCGGUUUCCUCAGCAUCAGCCUCUCAGCUGCCACAGGUUUCGUCAUCCAGUGGAGCUCUGCUAGGCUCAGGUGCCCCAAAUUUGCCGCUGGGGUUCGGGAUGUUGGGAGGGUUGGUGCCUGUUUCUCUGCCCUUCCAGUUCCCAGGCCUGCUCAACCUCCCAACUCCCACAGUUACCGCUGCAGCGGCCAGUUCUGCUAACCCCACCAGCUCAGGAUACAGUCUACCCCCCAAUUUGUUAAAGGGUCUCAUGUCAGGUGCUCAGGCUGCUCUGCCUCCUCACUUGCAACUCGCUUUCUCAGGUAAACUGUGGCCCUCUCCUCCGUCGCUCCCUCGUUCCUUCUCUCUGUCCAACCUCCCCCCAAAACCCCCUUUCACUGCCUGCCUGGUGGCUGUCUUCUGUGUUCAUCUGGUGGUGGUUGCAUGUCUGCCCUCCUGUAGUCGUUACUAGUACCUUUCUUGGGUCUGUCUUAAAUGUUAAGUGUUGUUUUCCCCCUUCCCCCCUGACCUCUCUGUCCUCUCAUGAUCAUGGUCUUUGCCGUUUUUUUCUGAACUGAUUCUCAUUUCCUGUUACAGAUGUCACUCAAAGCCAGGGCGGAGACGUGAAGAGGAAGUCGCUAUGACCUCACCCAGGAUCUGCUGGACUCUAAAGGAAAGCUCAUGUGAACUGACUCUGAUAAUGCGGGAAUCUGGGUGGCUUUCAUACUGAAAUGGACAUAACCAAGGGGCCCACCCACAUAUGCAUGGACUGCUGGCUUACCCAAUAAGAAUGGAUCAAUUUUUUUUUUUUUAAAUUAAUAAUAUUGUCAUUGGAAUGGAUGAUUUUUUUUUUUUGGCUAAUGUUUACACAGACAGACCUUAAUCACUGUGGACAGGGAGGGAAACUGUGUAUAUGUACACACUCUGGGUUGAGUGAUUUUGUGUGUGUGUUGAUUUCUGAACCACUGAGUGAAUUAUGGAUGCUUUAAUGAAUGAGGUAGCUAGAGAAUGAAUGAGUGAGUGAAUUCAUCCCUCCCUCUCUCAGGUGUAGGUCAGUGUCUCUCUGGUGCUGUUCCCAGUGGAAUUAUAAUAAGCCCCUGUUGAACAAAAAUUAUUUUAUAUCCAAAUGAAAGUGGGGACUUGGGGGUGGGGGGGUGAAUUUGUAUUGUACUUGAAUUUUCAAAAUUUGUCUACUUAAGCUGAACUCCACACUAGCUAAAUAAAAAGCAUUAGUUAGUCCCA